UCCUCCUCAUCCCUUUCCUCACGUUCACGUCUCGUACGCAACCUCCUCUGUCUGAAUCCCUUCUCCGAGGCAACGAACCCCCUGCACUGUGCGAGACCCGCAGCAUCAAUCUGACAGGAGGAUAUAGCAGGAGACGAGACAAGGAAACGGAGAAAAAACAUGGCGCUCAUCCCAUCUCAGGUGCUAAGGGUAGCCAUCCUCCUGUCCUAUUUCUCCAUCCUCUGCAAUUAUAAAGCAAUUGACAUGCCCGCGCAUCAAACAUAUGGCGGGAGCUGGAAGUUUUUAACAUUCAUAGACCUGGUGAUCCAGGCAGUUUUCUUUGGCGUGUGUGUGCUGACAGACCUGUCCAGCCUGCUGACCAGUGAGAACCAGGAGCAGGACAGGCAGCUUAGGAAGCUCAUUGGCCUGAGGGACUGGAUGAUGGCCGUGCUGGCCUUCCCCGUUGGAGUGUUUGUGGUGACCAUGUUCUGGGCCCUGUACUUGUAUGACAGAGACCUGGUGUACCCCAGACUGCUGGACAACUUCAUACCCCAGUGGCUCAACCACGGCAUGCACACAACCGUCCUCCCCUUCAUCAUCAUUGAGAUGAGGACCACGCACCACCAGUAUCCCAGCAGGCCUUGUGGACUGAUAGCUGUGUGCAGCUUUGCCGUGGGAUACGUUAUAUGGAUGUGCUGGGUGAACCAUGUGACCGGUGUGUGGGUCUACCCCCUGUUGGAGCAGAUCAGUCCCMUGGCGAAGGUGGCCUUCUUCUUCUGCCUCACUGUCCUGAUUAACAUCUACUACGUCCUGGGAGAGAUCCUCAACAGCUACAUCUGGGACGGCUCCAAAUGUGUUCUAGACACAGACAAGGCUAAAGCCGACUGAAGGCCAACACGUGUGGGAACCUUGCCGUCAAGUCAAGACCCAGUCCUCACUGGGCUGCCGCAAAGACAGGCCCAAUCCCGACCCGGACUGCAGAAUAACAACCACUGUGUAAAUAAAUUAUGGAAAAAUAUGUGGGAAUAUUAUGUUGGCUUUUAAAGCUGUGCGGAGUCCUCCUCUUAAAAUCGUUGAGACUGUAGCUAAGAACUGAUGCCUGUUUUCCGUCAAUGACAAGGUGGGAUAUGAAUUCACCACCUUUCUAUUUACUGGCGGUAUUACGAUGACAUUACAUUUACCCAAUUAUUAGUAUUUAAUCAUCCUGUUCAUCCACCUCAAAGGCUCAAGUUAUUAUCUGAACACAGAGUAUACUGUAUUAAUGGAAUGAACAAACUGCUACAGUAUGAUAUUAAUCUUAAGAUGCUUAGGCACACCAGCAGAGUUAGCAAAAGCCAUGUAUUCAAAUUCUCUUCUCUUUUUUUCUUUUCACUGGAGUGCUUUCCAGCGAGGGCAUCUCCUACAGUGGCAUGAAUGAUAGCCUUUUCCUGGAUGUGUAGUGCCUAACAGCUGUACCACAGAAUGUUAUUUUCUAGGACAGCCAGACUGGCAGCUCCGCUGCUCUAAAAUACCGUUUCUUGUUUUAAUGCUUUUGUAAAAAAAGGAUGACCGCAUUUAAAGUGUAUGGUCUUUCAAUAAAAAGUUGCUAUUUAGAGCGAGUCAGAGGUGUCGUGGACGUGUGUGUGUGUGUGUGUGUGUCAGCCAGUCUCACUACAGCUCUUCUCUUCACAGACUCACAUAACACUAAGUUCCACGGGAAUGACGGCCCAGCCAUUCAAUUAAAAAUAACCACACGUAUGAUUUCAUUUUUGCUCUAUAUUUUCACUGGCAAUUUCUGCCUUGCUUUUUCAGAUGCACUCUGUCCAAACAUAACAAUUCCUUUGUGCAGCGCUGGACAAGCUCUUAACGAGAAACACACACAUUCCAGUCCAUAAAGACACACUAAAUAACCAGAAGCUCAAUGCAGAAGAAAUGUACCCAUAAUAUGUCUUUUUAUUCACAGCUAUUCCAAGGCUCUAGUAACUCUGGGAGACAGACCUCAAAAGCUCUCGAAAUAAUGUUAGCCUAUAAUGUAAGUAUACCACAGUAUAUAAUAGAAACAGUUGGUACAUUCUUUGAGUGGCUGUACGUUUAUUUCGAGAGUGAUAUGAUCUCUGCUGCUGUUUAUCAUUUUUAAACAGACUGGCAAUUUAUUACAACCCUAUUAACACCAAUGUUUAAACAGAGCCAAAACAGGCAAAUACCAGAGCAUACUAUAUAUCCUCUCUAGCUAUCCUCACUUUUAUAUUCAACAAAACCUCAAAGUGUACCACCAGAACCAACUCCUGUAAUAACAGCUGUCAGCUCAAUUAGAUGGAAAAAUKAAACCCUUCUCAUCCAUCCCUCUCUAGUGAAACAGAAAUAGGUGCUCUUGACAACUGUGGUUUUUCAUCGUGAUAGAGAAUGACAUCUUUGCCCGGGUAAGUUGUUUUGUAUACACUUUUGUAAUGGCGGAAUGUGUGCACAGUCGCAGGCUCUCUGUCAGCUUGAUAACAAGAGAACGACACUUCAGUCUUCUCAUUAACACUGCCGGUCCCCCAUGUGGAGGUGACAAAUUGAAUGCAUUUUGAAGGACUUUGCUGGCAUUCAUUAGCAUUGCAAUUAGGGCAAAAACAGUGUUCGGUAAGCAGGAAAAGCUUGAGCAACAUGCAAGGCUUAGUCAAAGCCAAAAGUGUCAUGACUACAAACUGAGGCAGAAAUGC